UGGAUUCUUGAACAAUCUCGGUGAGGGGACAGGCAGCCUCCAAUGCCGGAUGUCGACCUUAAGCCACCUGUCAUCAUCGACAAUGGCUCUGGUCAUGUCAAGGCAGGCAUUUCUGGUGAAGACGGGCCACGAUGCGUUUUUCCAGCUAUAGUGGGAAAGCCGAAGCAUGACGCCAUGAUGCCAGGCACAAUGGCUGCAAAGUAUGGUGGACAUGCGUCACGGGAUCAGGGAAGUGAACAGAAGGAUAUUUAUAUGGGCGAGGAAGCGCUGGCAAAGCGCGGCGUGGUGAGCAUCUCCUAUCCGAUAGAACAUGGAAUUGUGAAAGAUUGGUCGGAUAUGGAGAAGGUGUGGCAUCACACUUUCUUCGAUGCCUUGCGAGUGAAUCCCGAAGAUCAAGCUUGCAUUGUCACCGAGGCACCCAUGAACCCCAAGAAGAACCGGGAAAGGAUGAUCGAGAUGCUCUUUGAGAAGUUUAGCUGCCCUUCUGCCUACAUUGUCAUUCAGGCUGUGAUGUCUUUGUAUUCAUACGGGCGAACAACUGGCACUGUCGUGGACUCCGGCGAUGGCGUGACGCACACUGUGCCUGUCUAUGAAGGUUUCGCUCUUCCGCACGCAAUUCAAAGGUUGGACCUGGCUGGCCGGGAUUUGUCGGAGUACAUGGUGAAGAUCUUACACGAAAGUGGUCACAGCAUGACCUCGUCAUCAGAGAAGGAUAUUGUGCGCGAGAUGAAGGAGCAGGCCUGCUACGUAUGUAGUGGGGACUUCAACUCUGAGCUGCAGGCUGCACAGGAGAGGCCAACCGACUUUGAACACCUGUUUGAGCUUCCAGAUGGGCAGAAGGUCAGCUUGGUGGCGGAAAGAUUCCGAGUUCCGGAGGUCAUGUUUGAUCCCAUGAUUUCCGGUCGGGAGCUACCUGGGCUACAUAAAUCUGUUCAUCAAUGUGUGCAGGCCUGCGACAUUGAUUUGAGAAAGGAUUUGUUCAAAAACAUCGUGCUCAGUGGAGGAAACACCAUGUUUCCCGGUAUAGCCGAGCGGCUUGAAUCCGAGCUGCAGGCCUUGGCGCCUCAGAAGAUCAACGUCAAGGUGGUGGCGAACCCGCAGAGAAGGUACAUUGUUUGGAUGGGUGCAUCCAUUCUGUCCCAGCUGUCUAGCUUCCACAACAUGCUGAUCUCGAAGCAGGAAUAUGAUGAUGUCGGCCCUGCGAUUGUUCACAGUAAGUGCUUCUAGAGUGGACGCACCUUAUGGAUGUGCUCUCGUGCAGAGUCCGUGUGCAAAAACAUUUGGCCAGGCCAAAGUGCUUUGGCAAGAGUCAGAAGGUUGUUUCCGACGAGAUGCGAGUG